CAAUAAGGAAGUGGAAAGACAAGUCCCGAGGUGCAAAAUGUAACAGUCACGCUAGACAAACAAGGGUCGUUCUUAUUCUUUUAGGCAUGUAAAAGUCGAUAUUAAAAUGCAAUAUAUCUGAUUCUUCACAAGCGACACUGAACGAUGGAGGGCUCUAAGUCGUCCAGCACCACCAUGCAGGUGAGCUUCGUGUGUCAGCGCUGCUGUCAGCCGCUCAAACUGGACACAUCCUUCAAUGUGCUCGACCGGGUCACAAUCCAAGAGCUUAUCGCUCCUUUGGUCACAGUGACUCCCAGUAAACAAACAGACAGCACUGAGGGGGAGACAGCACCAGAGGAGACCUUUGUAGAAAGCAAGCAAGAUGGAGUUUCAAGAAAAUACAUCCCUCCUGCACGAAUGAUGUCCACAGAGAGCGCCAACAGCUUCACACUGAUUGGAGAAGCAUCUGAUGGUGGCACCAUGGAGAAUCUCAGUCGAAGGCUAAAGGUGACCAGCGACUUGUUUGACAUCAUGUCAGGCCAGACAGAUGUGGACCACCCUCUGUGUGAGGAAUGCACUGACACUUUGCUGGACCACCUGGACACGCAGCUCAACAUCACAGAGAACGAGUGCCAGAAUUACAAGCAGUGUCUGGAGCUGCUGUCACAGCUGCCGGUAGAGGAAGAGGAGACCCUGCUGGCCGAGCUGCAGCAGCUGAAGGAGGAGGAGGAGACUCUGGUUCAGGAGCUGGAGGCCGUGGAAGAACAGAGAGCGGCCGUGGCUCAGGACCUGGCAGAGAGCAGGAUUCAGUCUCAGCAGCUGGACACAGAGGAGCUACAAUACCAAAAGGAGUACAGCGAGUUUAAACGGCAGCAGCUGGAGCUGGACGAUGAGCUAAAGAGCGUUGACAAUCAGAUGCGUUACUGCCAGAUUCAGCUGGAUCGCCUGAAAAAGACGAAUGUUUUCAACGCCACCUUUCACAUCUGGCACAGUGGACAGUUUGGUACCAUCAACAACUUUCGUCUGGGUCGACUCCCCAGUGUACCUGUGGAGUGGAAUGAAAUCAACGCAGCCUGGGGGCAGACGGUGCUACUGCUGCAUGCUCUGGCCAAUAAGAUGGGGCUGCGCUUUCAAAGAUAUCGUCUUGUCCCGUAUGGAAACCACUCGUACUUAGAGUCUCUGACCGACAAGUCCAAGGAGCUUCCUCUGUACUGCACAGGUGGCCUCAGAUUCUUCUGGGACAAUAAAUUCGACCACGCCAUGGUAGCUUUCCUGGACUGUGUGCAGCAGUUCAAAGAAGAAGUGGAGAAAGGAGACACUGGUUUCUGCCUCCCGUACAGGAUGGAUGUGGAAAAAGGUAAGAUCGAGGACACUGGCGGCAGCGGCGGCUCUUACUCCAUCAAAACCCAGUUUAACUCAGAGGAGCAGUGGACCAAAGCGCUUAAAUUCAUGCUCACCAACCUGAAGUGGGGCUUGGCCUGGGUCACCUCCCAGUUCUACAACAGAUGAACCAGCUGGACAAGAACUCUGUGGUUACUGGAUGCUAUUUGAAUCUUAUUUGGAUACUUUGCCAAAGGAAAAUAAAUUGUCUACAUCCUUUUUUGCUAAACCCCUUAGCUUUUAGGUCCAGUUUGUUGUUUUUACAUGUUACAAAGAGGAGAUAGUUGUAACUUUAUGCUGCAAAGCAGAGAUUGAAGAAUAUGGAAGCAUUGGAAGGCUGAACCACACCUCCACUGUCCAGAUAGAAUGUAAUUUCUAGCUCAGCUCUUAUUUUAAUCACAUAUGAUGUUCCUGUCUCUUCUGUUGCACUGCUCAUUUUUAAAUCACUGUGUUGCUCUCCACAGUGAGAGAAAGUUCCCAGUUAGUGUCCUAAUAAGCUGUUUAACUCUGAUGUGAUGUUGUGGUCAUGGCAGGAUUUGAAAUAGAUUAACAUGGUUUAGUAUUGAACAAUCUGUAGUCAGUAUUUCAUUAAUCUUGAAUGCAGUUAACCUUAUUUGCCAGUUACAGACAUGCUUUGAUGACAAACUGAUAAUUUUGUGACCAUUCUGACUCGGCACUGUCACGAGAAUUGGUCUGAGAUGUGAUAGAUGCUGUCAAGUCUGGAAUUAAAUUAAUAAAACGUAUGCUGUAAA